AUGCUGCCACAUCCCAUUCUUGCUACUGAAGAUGACAGAGAUUAUAUUGAACGUAGUAUCCUUUCUAUGCAAGAGUAUGUUGAGAAUUUCUUUGCACUGUUGGAGCUAGUGUAUUUGGAAAGUAAGAGUGAACAAACCCCACGCGCGCACGCCCUGUUCCACUCCAUACAAUCUACACUAAAGGUGCUUGGGACUGUGCCUUCGUCCUCUUACCGAAAAAAUGAUUCCAAAUUAACAGUUGACGAAGAGCUUCCCAAAAGUCUUGAACGGAUGAGACGCUUGUUUUUUGACGUUGUUACAGUUGGGCCGGAGUCUCUGGUGUGGAAGAAGCCUGUGACGCGAUUGGCGCAGGAAGCUGCACAACACGCAAAACACAUACAAAUUAAGUUUCCCUCAUCAUCCACCUUGGUAAGAAAAGGGGUCUCGCGUAAUUCUUUUUGUUUUCUACUGCUCAUUCUUAUCUUUGUCAGCGCCCUUAUACUGGCUCUCGUCACAAUGGUCGUCAUUCCUUUUAUUGGGCCUUCACCUUCUGUUGCGGCAGCUGUGGGAACCCUUUCAGCCGUAUUCUUGGUUGGUUCCGGUUCUUGCAUUAUUUUUUGCUUUGUAAUGGCAGUACGAGCCUUGCAAGAACUCUUUGAUCGGUUGCUUGGGGAACGUAUGCACGCUAACUUGAUGUAUCAGCCGUCAUCUGGACUGUCUGAUGAAGCAUCACCGUGCAACACGACGACAAACCAAUUACGAGUAAAGCGUGGUCGCGACACAAGAAGAGGAUACUACGCCAUCCCCUAUGGUGAUUGUGUAGGAUACAUUGAGGGGAAACAUGUGGACGCACAUGUGGUGAUGAUUGGAUUUGAUAGCAAUUACCUUAUUACUCGAUGGAACAUGGCGGCAGAAGUGAUGACAGGUUUUCUUGAAGGCGGCUGUAUCGGAAAACCUCUGUCAGAUCUUCUGAUUACACCAAGUGGUGAUGUUCCACACGAUCUUUCAACACUGCAGGCGUCCAAAGGGGACGUGCUAAAGGUCAAACUACGUGCCUUUGCUACGGCGCCAGUGACACUUUGUACAAUUGCUGCUCCCAUUUUAAACCUUUCUGGGAAAACAAUUGGAAGUAUUUUGAUUUGCGCAAACGCGAAGGAUAACUUGGGAGUGUUUCGUUCUUACAUUCGUGACUACCUUACUUCAGAAGUGAGCGUUUCCCUCUCCGAAUUGGUUGAGAAGAAUGCAGUGGACCCACAAGGGAAAGCUGCAAUAUCUUCUCUGCAGUCGUUUCUUACAUGCGCUCUAGAUAAACAGGUGCAGGAAAUGGCUCGAGAGAUGCUUACCGAGUGGGAAUGGACUACGGCAGAACAAUUACUUGCACAAGCUCUUCGAUCUUUUACGGUGCGUCACGAAAAACAGAUAGAUUCUAUGUUUCCUGCUACUUUAUGCUUGCAUCCAAACGUGCCUAAGGCAAUUUCUACUCUGCUGGACACGAUAGGGGUUUCGUGUAUGGUAAAAUUAGAGGUAAUGAGCCAAACUGUAAACGUCUUUGCUUUAGCUGUGACGAUUACUCCCCAUUGUGAGGAGAAUGAACUGUGUUUAAAUGAGGAAGAGCUGCAAGAUGCCAUUAUGCCUCUCAUACGCAGCAUUUGUGGAAAUAUGUGCAAAGAUGGCAAGGAUAUUAAUCUUCGCUUUCCAUGCCAAGUUACAGCUUUCUUGGAAGAUGGGGAAGAUGCCUUUAAGGCCAUUGAAAAACGCGGUGAGCAGUCUAUCAUUGAUCAAACACGUGCCAUUGUCAACUGUACAGUUAAUGUGCUGGCGCUCAUUACCGAUCUAGUGGAUCAACACAAUCUUUCUAUGAUUCUUCUUAAAACCAUGUUUGUCUCCUUGACUACUGUGCGUCAACGAGACGAUUUGGAAAGGCGUUUGAAGGCGGCUCCAAAUGACGUGGACGUCAUUAUUUGCGAUCGUGGAUGGCUUAAUUCAGCACGUGACUUGAUUAUCUCUUCUGAUCAUUCGGCCAUUGUUGUUCCAAUGGCUGAUCAGGGUGUGUUCUUUGCCCCAGAAGAGUUCCAGUACGUUAUCCGCUCCCCUAUUUCUGGUAAUGAGGUACGGAAGGUUCUCAUGGAUAUAGGGACAGCUGUAUCAUUAAGAAAGAACGCAGCCACUGCACGGGAAGAGCGGGAACGUAUUUUGACACUUAGACAAGAUUCUCCAUGGACGAAAGGAAAAUUGCUUGGUCGUGGUUCCUUUGGUGCAGUGUAUGAAGCCAUGAGCGAUUUAACUGGAGGCAAAAUGGCAGUGAAAAUGUUUUAUUUUUCUGCCGAUUGUGAUGAAUCCAUUAAUAAGUUACUCAAUGAGAUCAGGAUUAUGUGUAGUUUGAAUCACCCAAACAUUGUGCAUUAUUUUCACUGUGAGCGUAAGGAGAAUAAUAUUAAUCUAUUUAUGGAACUUUGUGAUGCCUCGUUAGGUGAAAUCAUUAUUGGAAGGAAACCAGUCCCACCUACUCUCACAGUGGUCCAGAUUCUUCGUCAGGUUUUGACAGCACUUACAUAUUUGCACACUCGGGGUGUGGCGCAUCGAGAUGUGAAGCCGCAAAAUAUUUUGUUAAAGGGCGAUACUAUCAAGAUUACAGACUUUGGUACAGCAAGAGAGGGUAAAGCGAGUAAGGAUGUGCAGGGCACACUCCGCUACAUGGCUCCAGAAGUCUACAGGGGCGAGGCUCAUUCUAGUCCAUGUGACAUCUGGUCAGUUGGUUGCCUGGCAUGUGAGCUCUUUGCCUGUCCACCCAAGUUUAUGGAUAAUUCUUUGAUCUUAGCAGAAAUGACGUCUGCUGUCCCUUAUUUGGAGAAUGUUACAAGCAGUGUGACACUCAAUGACUUUUUGCGAAAAUGCUUUCAGGAUGACCCAGAAAAGCGCCCAACCGCAGCAGAUCUCCUGUUGCAUUCGAUCUUCUCACCAGAAUUUAGUUAUGAGGUGGAGAGUCUUCUCACAGUGUUUAAGAAGAAGUUGAUGAGAAACUAUAGCUUUUCCAUCACUUCUCAGAAAUAG